AUGAACCAAAAAAAAGAAGUCCGAACUGAAAAAAACCCUUCCCUUUCCCAAGAAAUAAAACGCAUUAUUGAAAACAUUACUAAGGAAUACGGUGAAGGCACUAUUACUACUUUAGGAGAAAGUAAAUUAAAAGACCAAAAAACUUUGUCGACGGGCAGCCUUCUUCUCGACCAAACAAUCGGAACCGGCGGUUAUGUUUGCGGCAAGAUAGUGGAAAUAUACGGUCUAGAAUCGAGUGGUAAAAGCACCUUGGCUUUACAUGCGGUCAGCGAAUGUCAAAAAUUAAAAAAAAAAGCUGUUUAUAUUGAUUUGGAAAAUGGAUUAAAUAUCAAAUACGCCCAAAAUAUUGGAGUAGAUAAAGAGAAUUUAAUGAUUUUGUAUCCUAAUAGUGCGGUGAAAACUUUUGAAAUGAUUAGGGAUUUGAUUAGGGAAGGCACUGAUUUAAUCGUUGUGGAUUCAGUUUCUAAUCUCGCCCCCCAAAUGAUUGAUUUGGAAAAAUAUAAAAUUGGUUCGCAUGCUUUAUUAAUGUCGCAGGGAUUAAGAAUGUUAAAAAACGAAUUGACUAAUAAAGACACCAUUAUCAUUUUUAUUAAUCAAGUGAGGAACAAAAUUUCUACCGGUCAUUAUGGUGGUAAUCCGGAAACAACUACUGGCGGAAUGGCUUUGAGAUUUGACUCUGACAUUCGGAUUAAACUAAAAACAACCGGCAAAAUUGAAAAAAAUAGUAAGGUAGUCGGUAUUGAGGUAGAAGCCUUGAUAAAAAAAAGCAAGCCCCAAAAUCAAGAUAAAUAUCAAUUAUUAAUCGUUGGAAAAAAACAAUUACCUUCUACUGAAAAAGAAAAAUAUUUUCUAUUUUUAGAAGCCAUUAAAACUAGCAAAAAGGAAUUAUUAUCAUCCUUAAAUGAAAAGCAUUAUUCAACCAAAACAAGAGGAGAGCGAACCCUACCAGUUUCCCAUUGCCUCGGAGUUGGAAAAUAUUUAUUGGUGGCCCAUAACAAUCACAGCCAUUUUAUUUAUCAAUUAACUAAUCCUCCGCAAAUUAAAGAAACGCAAAAAGAAUUCAAUCUCCAAAAAGAAGGCGAUUACUUAAUUAGUAUUAAAAAUCCUCAAGCCGCUACUUCCUCAGGAGUGGGGUUGCCCGAAAAGCAAAAAGUCAAAUUCCCUCCUUCUUUACAAAAUAAAUUUGAUAACUAUUCUUUUAUUCCUCUUACUACCAGCGAGUUUUUGGACUAUGAAGGAGUAGAAUUGUUAUUAAUCGCCAAAGGAAAAGAAGACUUAACCACUCACGAAAGCGAACUAGAAUCCUGUCUCAAAAAAAUACACCCUGAUAACUUGUUAGAGGAAUUUGCGAAAAUAGGUCCUCCUGAUGCUCUAUCUCCAAUUAAGGAAUAA